AUGGAAUAUAACCGGGGCGAUGAAACUGGAGAUGAGGAUAGAGUGAAGAUGGAAUGGGAAGUAGGUCUUCCCACUCAAGAUGAGCUAAUACCUGUAACUCAUUGCUUGAUUUCUCCUGAGUUGGCGUAUGCUUUCGGCAUAGUGCUAGAGCCCUGCAUCAAGCAAGCGUCGCAAGAUACCUUGGCGAGUCUCGGGUCACCGUCACAGUCGCAACCACUAUCGAGGUCGAAUAAUUUCGAUUCCAUGCUUCUCGAGGAUCAAAGGACAAAGAAUUGCGUAGUUGUGGGAGGAGAUGACGACAUGGAUUUUUCAAGGGAGGAUGGUUCAGUGUCGAGCAAGCGGAGGAAGUUGCAGAGUAUCGAUGUUUACACAGAAGAAUCAGACUUGUCAUUGGAUCUGAACCGGGCGCGACUAGUUUGGACGCAACAGAUUCACAAGAGAUUCAUCGAUGUUGUGGCUCAUUUAGGUAUAAAAGACGCAGUUCCAAAGACUAUUUUAAAGUUGAUGAACGUGGAAGGUUUAACUCGCGAGGAUGUCUCCAUUCAUCUUCAAAAGUAUCGAUUGUAUUUGGACAGGAUGGAGAUACUUUCCGACAAGAUGAAAGGGUUGUCCACUGAUGGAUCUUCUUCUUCAGAUCAUUUGUCUGACUUAGUGCCAUAG